AUGCUUUUGAAAGGUGCCUUGACGAGCAUAUCACUGGCGAUUGCUGCGGUGACAUCUGUUAUCGCAGUGCCUAUCCGACAGAACUUGGCAAGAAGACAGAAUGAAGGAGGCAAUAGCACUGACUUAACCAACGGUCUGACUGAUUUGGUGUCUUGGGAUACAUACACUGUAAAAGUCCAAGGAGAGCGAUUGUUCCUUUUCAGUGGCGAGUUUCAUUACUACCGUCUCCCUUCACCAGGCUUAUGGCUCGACAUUCUGCAAAAAUUCAAGGCGCUUGACUACAAUGGUGUCUCUUUCUACUUUUUCUGGGGCUAUCACUCGCCAAAGAAAGGUGUCUACGAUUUUGAGGGCAUCCGCGAUGUACAGAAAGCAUUUGAUGCAGCAGCAGAAGUAGGCCUCCAUGUUAUCACACGCGCUGGUCCAUAUAUCAAUUCUGAGCUGGAUUGUGGAGGCUUCCCCAGCUGGCUUAUGGAUAUGCAUAGCCCUGCUAGAAAAUAUAAUCCCGAGAAUAAUGCGAACACAGAAGAAUGGCUCACCGCGAUCGACAAGUACAUGGCUGCCAACCAAAUUACUGAAGGUGGACCCGUUAUCAUGAACCAACUAGACAACGAGUUCAGCUUCAACACCGAUCCCCACUAUAUGGAGCAUCUUAAACAAAAGUUCCUUGACGAUGGUAUGGUAGUUCCAACAAUUUUCAAUGACGUGGGGACGAACGGAAACUUUGCCCGCGGAGAGGGAGCACCCGACAUAUACGGCUGGGACCGUUAUCCGGCUGGAUUUGACUGCAGCAACCCUCUUGCAUGGCCUAAUAAUCGCAGCACAGACUGGCGAGACUACCAUGAACGUACAAACGAUGAGCAACCAAUGGCUGUCUAUGAAUUCCAGGGUGGUGCCUUCGACCCAUGGGGCGGUCCGGGAUAUCCGGAGUGCUAUAAAAUGGUGAACGAGCAAUAUGCCAAGGUUUAUUACAAGAACAACUAUGCACAGGGAAUACGUAUCCAAAACUUGUACAUGACAUAUGGCGGUACAAGUUGGGGCGGUAUUCCAAAGCCAACUGUGUACACGUCCUACGACUACGGUGCAGCAAUCACAGAGCCAGGUCUCAUGACUACCAAGGCUUACGAGAACAAGUUACAAGCUACCUUCCUUCACACGGUUAAACCAUUCUUAACGACAGAGCGUUUUGAGCCCGAAAGCGAUAAUAGCGAUAUUAUUCUCAUCGAUGGUCUUGCUGAUGUUAAUACGCCGACAAAGUUCUACGUUGCUCAGCAUUGGCUUUCCAAGUCUGAAGAUUUGGAUGAAUUCCAUAUCAAGAUUGAAACAACCGACGGAAACUUUGAAAUUCCACGAAGCAGCAAGCUAGUUUUGAAUGGUCGAGACGCCAAGAUCUUGACGACUGACUUUGACUUUAAUUCGCAACAUUUGGUCUAUUCGACCAGUGAAAUCUUUACUCAUCAAGAUAUGGGAUCGCACGACGUCAUUGUUGUCUAUGCCUAUGAAGAAGAAGACGGUGAAUUUGCCAUCAAGGUUAACGGCGACGAUACUCAGGUCGAAGCGGAUGACUCGGUCACGUCCGAAACUGCUGAUGGCAUCUUGCAGCUCACUUACAAGCACCCCAGCGGUACUACUCCAGUGUAUAUCUCUGGUGGAACUGAAAAAGAUUUGCUUGUUCUUAUUGCCGGAUACCGCUCUGCAUUGCGCUGGUGGGCAACUCCCAUUAACAAGGACACUCGUGUUUUGAUUCACGGUCCUUACCUUGUUCGCACUGCUUCUGUUUCGGAGUCGUCCAUCGCAUUCACUGGUGACAUUGAUGAAACAACCGCUAUCCAAGUGGUUCUUCCCGACGAUAUAACUUCCAUGACAUGGAACGGUGAACAAGUCCAAUUAGAGCAAGGCGAACACGGCAUCUGGACUGGAACUUUGGAAUUCACCGAGCCUGAUAUACAGUACACUGAUCUUCAGGAAGCUACUUGGAAGUAUAGUCCUGGCUCCCCUGAAGCGGAUCCAGAAUUCGAUGAUUCAGAAUGGGUUACUGCUGAUCAUCUUUCCACCAACUCUACAACUCCUCAUGACACCUGGCCGAUUCUCUAUGCCGAUGACUAUGGUUUCCACACUGGUGUCCUUUGGUUCCGUGGUACAUUCAAUGGCUCCUCAGAAAUUACCGGAUUCAAUCUCACUGCACACUCAGGCGAUGCUUCUGCUUGGGUUGCAUGGCUCAAUGGCGAAUACCUCGGCGGUUUUGAUAUCGAAAAUAAUGCCAAUCAUGCCUUUACUGACUUGAACGGUACAUUAAUCGACGCCGAAGGCGAAAACGUGAUCUCUUUGCUGUUGUGGACCACUGGACACGAAGAUGAUUUCAAUGCAGAUGAUGACUAUAAACAAGCACGUGGAUUUACACAGGCCGAACUUCUUGGUGUUAGCAAUCAGACCAUUUGGUCGAUCGACUGGAAGGUUCAAGGUAACCUUGGUGGCGAAGAUCUGGCUGACCCAGUCCGAGGCCCAUACAAUGAAGGCGGUCUAUACGGUGAGCGUAAUGGCUGGCAUUUGCCUGGCUUCCCUGACAACGAAUGGGAAGACGCAUCUAUUCCCGAGAGCAACAGCCGCACUGGUGUUUCUUGGUACCGUACUUCAUUCGAAGUAAACAUUCCCGACGGUUACGACGCUCCCUUGAGCCUCCGCUACAUUGAUGACAGCAAGACCCGUUAUCGCACAAUCUUGUACGUGAACGGCUGGAACAUGGGUCGCUACGCCAAUGAUCUCGGUCCUCAAACUCAGUAUUACCUGCCAAAGGGUAUCGUAAACACCCAAGGCGAAAACACCUUAGCUAUCGCUGUUAUCGCCAUUGAUGAAGCUGCACAGCUUGGCCAGGUCAUUCUCGAGCCGUACGACGUGCUUCAAUCUGCCAUUCCUCCAGUUGAACUGGUGGAAUCUCCUGGUUAUGAUGCGCGACAGCAAUAA